AUGCAAGCUGCAGGCUCGAGGGCGCGCCCUUCCCUGGCGCUGCUGCUGCUGCUGCUGCUGCUGCUUGCCCGAACCCUGGGGUCUGCCAGGGGCCCCUCCUCGCUCCACGGCCCGCCUCGCUUUAACGUGACCUUGGACGCGGCUCCGGAGCUGCGCUGGCUGCCAGUGCUACGGCACUACGACCUGGACUUCUUGCGCUCGGCGGUGGUGCGAGUCAUCGGAGACAGGGUCCCCAAGUGGGUCCACACGUUGAUUGGAAAGGUGAUGGGGAAGCUGGAGUGGUUACUGCCGCAGCCCUUCACCAGUGAGAUCCGUGGCAUGUGUGAUGUCCUGAACCUCAGCUUGGCAGACUGCCUCCUGGUCAACCUGGCCUACGAGUCUUCGGCAUUCUGCACCAGUAUUGUGGCUCAAGAUUCCAGAGGCCACAUUUACCACGGCCGGAAUCUGGAUUAUCCUUUUGGAGAUAUCUUACGCAACUUGACCGUGGACGUGCAAUUCAUAAAGAAUGGGCAGAUUGUGUUCACAGGAACCACUUUUGUUGGCUAUGUAGGAUUAUGGACUGGUCAAAGUGCACACAAGUUUACAAUUUCUGGCAAUGAACGAGAUAAAGGCUGGUGGUGGGAGAAUGUGAUUGCAGCCCUUUUUCAGAGACACUCUCCAAUCAGCUGGCUUAUCCGCUCUACCCUGAGUGAGUCGGACAGCUUUGAAGCGGCUGUUUUCAAAUUGGCCAACACUCCCCUUAUUGCUGAUGUUUAUUACAUUGUUGGUGGCAUGUCCCCUCGAGAGGGAGUAGUCAUCACAAGGAACAGACAUGGCCCAGAGGACAUUUGGCCACUAGAUCCUUUGAAUGGAGAGUGGUUCCGAGUUGAGACGAAUUAUGACCACUGGAAGCCAGUGCCUAAGGAAGAUGACCGAAGAACACCUGCCAUCAAAGCCCUUAAUACCACUGGCCAGGCAAACCUCAGUCUGGAGACACUAUUCCAGGUUUUAUCAGUAUUUCCAGUUUAUAACAAUGACACAAUUUAUACUACAGUAAUGAGUGCUGCCUACCCAGACAAGUACAUAACUAAGAUCAGAAACUCAGGUUAA